AUGACUCCAACUUGGGAACCGCAAAACAACAAGACCUGUCAAAUUCUCAAGGCAGCUGAGGAUGCCGGCUAUGGAGUCGUUGCACCCAUCGCCUACAACAUCGAGCACAUUCUGGCUUUUGUACGCGCCGCCGAAGCCAAACGCAGUCCUCUCAUCAUCCAAGUCUUCCCUUGGGCCAUCAAAUUUUCCUCCGGCCUUCUCAUCCACGCAGCAGCCCACGCAGCGCGCAAUGCUUCAGUUCCCAUCGCGAUCCACUUAGACCAUGCGCAGGACGAGGCGAUCAUUCGACAUGCCGCUGACUCUCUCCCUUUUGACAGCAUUAUGGUUGACAUGAGUCACUAUGAGAUGGAGGAGAACCUGGCCAAGACGAAAGAGCUGGUAGAGUACUGCCAUGCGCGAGGGAUUGCUACGGAGGCUGAACCGGGGAGGAUCGAGGGAGGGGAAGAUGGGAUUGCGGAUACAGCUGAUUUGGAGGGAGCUCUGACGACUUCAGAGCAAGUGGAGGAUUUCAUUGCGACGGGGAUAGACUUCCUUGCGCCAGCGUUCGGUAAUGUUCAUGGAGAAUAUGGAAAAAGAGGUCCCGUUCUCGAGUUUGAUCGCCUCGAGAUGAUUCGGUCGAGAGUCAAUAGGCGCGUGAGAGUUGUGCUACACGGGACCAACGAUUUCCCAGACGAUAUAAUGAAAUCCUGUAUCAAGGGCGGUGUUUCCAAGGUAAAUGUGAACAAGCUUGUCUUGGAUGAUUACCUGAUUCACAUCAAGGAGCAAGCAUCGAAGCUCAACUUGACGACAUUGAUGGAAGAGGGCGUGGAGAAGGCUCAGAAACUCACGGAGUGGCAAAUGGACGUCUGCGGUUCUUCAGGAAAGGCGUAA